GUUCUUGUCAGAGUGUUGUCGUGUUAAGAGCAAUUGAUACAUAAGCAAGAAGUUGUAAGCUCGAAUAACAAGCAAUAAGUGUUAAGUUGGUGGAAUGAGAAAUAAAGAUAAGUGUGUAGUCAUUAAAUUGGGACUUUUAUUUAACAAUCCAGUGAUCGAACUCAAGAGUGAGUUACAGGUAGACGAUUUAUCGAGAAAUCCGUUACAAUACUGUUGGUAAGCCUUGUUAAGGAAUAAACUAUCGAUAGUCAAAACAAACUAGCGAUAGUGAGACGAAAAUAAAACUAUCGACGCUAUCAAAAGUCCCAUCCAUUGUUUUGUAUCUCUAGUUUGUUCCUUGUUGAUUCCGUUUAAUGUGUAAAAAGGCAAACGAAAGUAUUGUCGUUUAGUAGAAACUUCCAAGUAUUUCGACAUACAUUUAAAAAACAUGAAAUGUCGCCAUGGAACCCAAUACGAUAUUGAAAUUGCUGAACGAUCUUAAAACGUUUCAAAUACAACAUGAAGAAUUUCAUGAUAAAAUCUUUAGUAUCUUAGAAAUGAUGGCUACAAUAGAUAUUGAGGAUAGGCUGAUUGCUGAAUGCAUUGGAGAACUUUUAGAUAUUACACUUCCCGAAAAUAGCGAUGAAAGUGAUCAACGAAUUGAAGGUUUUUUUAAUUGGUUGUGCGAAAUAUAUUUGAAAAAUGAAUAUGCAGAAUUUUAUGCCAUCAGAAUAAUCUCAAAGUUCAUCAAAUAUAAUUCCAAAUAUCGUAGUCGGCUGUUCGAAAAUUUAUUUUGUGCACAAUCUCCCAUUUACGAACGGAUUCUAGGGGAUAAAACUAAGAAUGAUUUGUAUGUGAUAUCUGUAUUGGAAUGCUUAAAUGUUAUAUUUGAUGAUUUAAAGAUGGAUGUUAUCACUGAAGAACAAAAACAGUCUUGUGAAUUCGUAUUGAACCUUUUAAUUCGUAUGCAGUAUUCAUCAAAUAUAAAUUCGUUGGCAAACUCCAAUAUAACACUUUAUUCUUUAAUAUUGCUGAAUAAAUAUAUAUCCUUUUGUAAAGAGGAUAUAGAACUGAAUAUAUCUGAACUAAUGGGAAUAUCUUUAGGAUUUAUAGAGUAUGGCCUUAAUACAAAAGGUAUAUCGGUCGUUUAUCCAGAAUUAAUUAAGCCGUCCAAUUACGUUAAGAAUUCAUCAGAUAAACAUAAAAUAAAUGAAUCUAUCAUACAUCAAAAAUUUGGUGGAAAACUAGCAAAACAAAAGAAACACCGAGGACUAAAACCCAAGGAAAGUGUUAAAACCAUACUUGAGACUACGAAAAAUGGAUUCGGAGAGCUUGAUUCAGAAAUAGCAAUGAUAAACAAUGUGGAAAAAACACAAUGUAAUGCUUUUCAAAAUGAAAUUAGCUCAAGAAUACGUCUAGCCUCUAUUAGAUUAUUUGGCCAAAUAACUCGAUCAAUUGAAAGACGUGUUCUUUAUACAUAUUGGCAAUCUAUAUUUCCAUACGACGGCAUGGACAAUGUAUGUACUCGCAAAGAUAUUCUUUUUGUUUGUCAAGCCGAUACCAGUUCCAAGUGUCGUAGUGCAACUCUAAAUGUUUGUGCUGAAGUUCUUUUAAACUUGAAGUCUUUAUACAGCCAAGCGGAAUUUAAAGACAGGUCGGUCUCAUUCUUACCAUUUUCGCAUAUGCUCGGUUUAUCAAUUAUAACCACAUAUAAAUCAUUAAUAGAAAUUGUACACAGUGAGCAGUGCUUACAUGUUUUAAAAUCAGCAUUAAAAUGUUUAGCAGCUUUGGCAGAAGUAACACCCUUCGCUAAACUUGAAUGUGAAGUAGUGUCCCACAUAAUUAAUACAGUUAAAAACCUUGUUUAUCACAACGAUUAUACAAUUCAAAUUUCAGCAUUAACAGUGUUAGAAGUUUUAUUAAUGGGUUUGGAAAUUUCCUCCGAAAAUGCUGAAGCGUUUGGAAUUUCUAAAGAAUGCAUCCCAAUUUCUUCGACAAAUAAAAACUUUAUUAAUAUUUGGUCCACUAAAAAAGUCAAUAAGGACUUUUUAUUUGACAGAGCAAAAAAUAGAUCUGACAAAUAUGAUUUCGAAGCGUCAUGGUUAAUUUUAAAAAUUAUUUCAAAUUUAGAAAUAAACCUCAUACAAGACAAUACGAUUUGUAGAAAAAUGAAAGCACCUUGCGCCUUACGCAUUAAAAGUCUACAAAUAGUGACUGCAAUGGCUAUUCAUUUCGAAUUCUUUUUGAAGGAUAAUUUGGAAAAAUUAACGUUUGUCUUGAAGGAUAGCAUACAUGAUGGACAGCUGGAAAUUCGUUUGUGUGGAUCAAAAUGUAUAGACGCUUGUGUUUAUCAAAUAAGUUUGUUUUUACAAAAAAAUUAUAACAACGAUAAUAUAUGCUCUUUUAAGUGCUUCUGGAUUCGCAUGUUGCCGAUCAUUACUCAUCAAAUGAGUAGAGAAAAGGAAUCUACUGCAGUAAAAAUUGCCUUAUGCGACGCAAUAUCAAAUAUCGGCGCCAUUAUUUUCGAAAGUUUACCAGAACCUAUUCGAAUUAAUAUACUAAGUUUUUUAUCAGGUUUAAGCUGUGAUUCUUUAGAGGAUGUUUUAGUUCGAGCGACUGUUGUCCGGGCAUUGUCAGUCUUCGUCACUUUUCCUACAAUGCGCAUGAAUUUGGUUUUUAUUGAGAACACUGCCGAAUUAAUAUUACGAUUUGCUGGAGAAGGAAAUAUGAUUGUACGUAUCAAAGUAAUUUGGUCUAUGGGAAAUGUUAGCGAUGCUUUGUUAGAAAAUAUAUCCGAUAACACAACUGAACGGAUUUCGGACGAAAUAUUAUGGAGAUUAAUUCAGUACUCAACUGAAGCUUGCAACGAUUGUGAUAAAGUUCGAUGUAAUGCAGUUCGUACUUUGGGUAAUUUAUUGCGUUUACUGACGGAAAGGCAUUUUCAUCGUAUUUCGGAUAGAACUGUUAUAAAAAGUGCUAUUAGUAAACUAAUUGAUGGUAUUCGUGCUUCUGGGACGGCAAAAGUCAAAUGGAAUUCAUGUUAUGCCGUGGGAAAUUUGCUACAAAAUGAAAAGAUAUUUCUGUAUUCAAGUAGAUACAAAGAUUUAACUUGGGAACUGUCGCUCUUUUCUGCUCUUUGUCACGUCAUUUAUAAUCACCCAAAUUAUAAAGUAAAAAUAAAUGCAACGGCUGCUUUAAUACACAUUAAGAAACGAGCGUAUUUUGGAGAGCACUAUUCAAAUAUUUGGAGCGCGUUAUUAGAAGCUAUUGAACAAUCGAAUAAUUUAAUAAAUUUUUACGAAUAUAAUCAUAGAGAUCAAUUACAAGAGCAAAUGUGCUUUUUAAUUUGUCACAUUAUAAAACUAGCAAAUUUGCAAGAUAUUAUUGUACUUUCGCGUGUACUAUUAAACAAAUUAGAAGUCGUAAAAAAUACUUGGAUAAGAGUAUUAAGACGAUUGAUACCGGGAUCUGCUGCCCCUUUAUUAUCUUGUUCGACAUACCUAAAUGAUUUAUUAAUUUUAUCUUCAGAAUUGAGUUCGGAACAGAAAAAUGCUAUCAUACUUGUAAUGGAUGCUAUACCAACAAGCUAUUGAUUCUAUAGAUCCGAAUAUAAUAUUAAGAUUAAUUCAUGGAGUUUUCUUAUAUGAUCCAUUCUAUUUCCUUUUGAAAAAAUGCGCCCUCUAGCUGUAUGUAUGCUAAAAGCAACAAUGCUUCAUAAUGUCAAAUCAACUGGCUGUAAUUUCUAUCAUGUCAUAAAGAACUAGGCUUUGAACAAUUCUACAAGCUUGUUAAUUAGAUAAUUUCAGUAAUAAAAAUGCAGAAUGUUGCCACCAGAAAUUUGAACAUCACAUUUUCUACAAAUUUUAUUGAUUAACGCGAAUUUAUCGGUGGACUAUGAUAUACUGCUAUGGGAUACUGCUGUUACAUAAACAUUACAAGUUCAACAACAACAAUAAAAUAAUAUCGAUGAUAUUUUUAGUCGUAUAUACUAAUACAAUUCCUAACGUGUACAUUCGUACAGGACACUCUGAAACGAUUUGCAUAUGUUUAUCACAAUAAACAUAGCUUCUAAGUUUAUUUUGUAAUCAAUAAUACCUAUCAACGUUUGAGGGGCUUUACGGAACAUACUUAAAUAAUUACAACAUUCUUGAUUCGAAUCAUAUCUUAUAAUAUCGAAUUAUUUUAUCCAACAUAUUCAAGUCCUUGCAGAAGUAUUUACUGAAGAGGCAUUAAAUGAUCCUUAUGUUAUAUUAGAUAGGCGCCAGUACAGAGAUCGUAGAUUAUAGAAAAGGUUCAAUUAGGGACCAGCGUGUGAAAUGUCAAAAACCAACAAAACGAGAGGAGCCUGUUUGACCAGGGCUAGCUCGGAAAGAGAUAUAGGCCUUUGUUACGGUUUUCAACCCAACUGCAUUCUAUUGAAGUUUUGACAUUUGGUAUUAUGGUUUUCAACUGUGUGCCAGUGGCGUUGACUAGAGUGUCAAUUCCCACAACAGCCAAUUCUACGUUACCGCAAUCCAUCCAAACUUUACCUCGGUUAGGUGCAACACAUGGAAUGGAUGGAGCUAUCUUAAGACCUGCUCAGGCCUUAAAACCCACAGGGAGUGGACCAAGAGUUACGUGGCCUCAUGCUGCCAACGUACUACUGCGACACCUGCCUCGACGGCUGUGCAACCUGCACCACUUUCACGCACUGCGCCGCCAGUCCAGUCGAGUGACCAAGAAAGCAACUCUUGGUUCCUCGCACAGUCUGUUUCAUGUGUCAGCCGGUAAUACGCCGGAACGUCACAUCAGUCAAGUGCAAUUAUUGUGCUGGUGAGUGGAGUGCGUCGUAUGUUGCCCCGUGCUGUAGUAGUCUACCCGCACAAUCCCGUAUAGUAGCGUCGCCAAACAACACCACAGUGCGAGAAUCGCCCAUACGGGUAUUACAGCUGCAACAUUCACCACCUUCACCCCUAGGAUUACCACCGGACACCUAAGACAAACGUGAAUUCUACAAUUUAACUGCAACGGACUCCAGAGUAAGAUCGAAGAGAUAGUUGCAUUUAUAAGCCGGGAACGCGCAUCGAUAGCUGCGGUUCAAGAAAUAAAGUUAAACAGCCGCUCAGAUCUUCUGAGCUGUGCAGGUUUCAACGUUUUACGUGAGGAUCGCGAGCGAGGUAAUGGUGGAGGUCUAGCCUUCAUACUGCACAACACCGUGCAAUAUCAUCUAAUCGAUGUUUACAUCGACCGCAGCGACACAACCCUUGAAUAUCAGGAUAUAGCUGUGCGGUCAGGCGAGGUCGGGUUCUAGAUAUGUAAUAUUUACUUCCCCUCAGUUACAUGUUGCCCAACAGGAUAUCACCCGAACAUAGGUGCGCUGCUUAGUGGUGAAAACCGUUUGGUGACCUUAACGCGCACCACAAACUUGGCACUCCUGCCUGUCAAACGAUCGUAGGGGGAUGGAGCUGGCGGAACAGAUUGACGAUUCGACAUUCUGCACAAUAAAUGACGAAGCUGCCACCAGAAUUAUGGUCGCCUGUAGUAGCUUGCCAAAUAUUACCAUCUCUAGCGGUGGUAUGAUAAAUUGCAUAACCUGGCGGCCUAUGCUAACUCUCGCAUCAGACCAUCUGCCCAUAAUAAUCUCGAUCGAGAAACAUCCCGACUUUUAUUUUGUGGACAACCGCACCUUUGUUAACUUUAACAAAACUAACUGGGUCGGCUUCACACCCUCAACGCAGUUCCUAAGGACGUCAUCGUUGGGAUAAGGGAUCUCAAUUUGGAGGUUCGGUAAAUCAACAUAAAUGGACAAAAUGAGCAUUUUAAGUCCUGCAAUCUCUCCAACGGUGUGAGUAAGCUUUGGACUACUGUCAAAGCCUUGUCUAAUCCGAAGAAACAUGACCGCCGGCUGCCCAUAAUGUCAAAAGGCUGCGCACCACUUACUUUCACCGAUAGGGAGGUUCAGAGUGCCAAUAAAAAGGCCAAAUCGUCCAAAUUCAUUGGCCCUGACGGAAUAAGCAUGCUGAUGCUAAAACAUUUAGGCUCGACGGGAGUAAGCUACCUCACCAAGGGCCUCCACUUGUCGAUGAUCACUCUUCAAAUACCCGAUGUGUGGAAAGUCGGACCACUCUGGUCCCACCACUGAAACCUGGGAAACUCGUCAACAAAAGGGAGUCUUAUCGUCCGAUAACUCUUCUUUCCCCAGUAGUGAAGACACUUGAGAUAAUCAGCAUGGCUUUCGAAAAGUGGACAGCACUUAGCGUCAUAAGCGCCCAGAUAGUUCAUUGCCUAAACCAGAAGCCACCCUUCGAGAGCGUUGGACCUGUCAAAAGCUUUUGCCACAGUCAACCAAACAACGCUACUUGAGGACAUAGAACAAUCCACGCUCCCUCCAGGGCUGAAGCGGUGGACUUUGAACUACCUCAGCGGUGGAUAUUUGCAAAAUUCGAUUGAAUGCUCACGCUGCACUUCGAUACCACCAUUUUAUACUAUGUUCGCACCGACACAAAAUUCGUGUUUUCAUAGACAAAAGAGGUUUUUUGGUGCGAACAUAGUAUUAUAUUGUAAAAAUGAAAGCGGGCGAGUUUCUACACAGUUGUUAUAAAAAGUACAGUAUUUAACAUGCUACUUAACUUCUACGGUGGUUACCUCGGUCUUCAUGUUAAGCAAUAUCACAAAUUGUACUGAAAUUUUAACAUAGAAUCUUUGUUUUGCAUCCCGUGAUUAAAAGGGGUUACGUAUAUUAAGGUAACCAAACACAAUGUUAAAAUUUCAGCUUAUGACAUUUUCUAAGGUUAAGAUGAAGAAAUUUUCCACCUUUAAUUUUGUACUAAAAUAAACCAGAAGAAAAAAUGUUUGAUAAAAAAUUCCAGUAAAUAAAGUAUUGUGACGAACAUGAA